UUUAGUUAAUCCAUUAACAACUAAUUGUCUCCUCCUACCCUGUUGCUUAGACAAACAGCCUGGUAGUUGUGAUGGUGGGGGGGAGUCAAGCCUUGUUGACCUAUAAAAAGUCAUAGUAGAAGGAGAACCAGUCAUUCCCUACUCUGCUUAGCACUGCCUCUCUCCACCAAAUCCGACCUUUAUCUUUGGAUUUUCCACCCUGAUAGGACAUCCAAUUCAUCUUUCAUUUUUUUUAAUAAAUCCGUCUUGAGGUACCUCUAUUUUUUUGACCAGUCGGGCUAAGUUUUCAGUCCUUCUUGCUACACAACUAGAUUUUUUUUUUUUAUUAUUAUUUUUUUUGUGUCCUGGAAAUGUUGGGAAACCUGUGGUUUAUCUGCCUGCUUCUCUGCUUCACCUACACUGAAGCUCGCAUAUGGGCUUGGAUGCUCAACAUGCCUCACAGCCCUCCCAAAGAAGGCGCAAAGGCACUUAUGGACACUGUUCCUGUAGCCAAACCCAUCACGGCUGUAUGCGACCAUGACAGGGCCUGUGGUCGGGGUUUCUCCUGUGAUCGUCACUUUGGUCUGUGCGUACCUCUGAGAGGAGAGGGUCAGUACUGUCGGAGAGACACUCAGUGUGUCCGUGGACUCAGCUGUAUGUUUGGGAAGUGCCAUCGCAGCAUCCCCAAUGGACAAGAGGGUGCCAGGUGUAAAGUGGACAGGGACUGUGGGACAUCCAUGUGCUGUGCCCGACACCACGGUGAACUUGUGUGCAAGAGACGGCUGAUUCGCGGGGAAAGCUGCUACGUUCCCGAUGGCGGCCUGGCAUUCAGCAUCAACCAGAUUUGCCCAUGUGAUGAAGGACUGCUGUGCCGUGAAAAUAGUGCACCUUACUGGAGAGAGAGGGAUUUCAUUUACCAGCUGGACCACACGAGUUGGACAUGCCAAGUGCCAAAACCCUGAUGCAAGCAUCAAUAUUAAACUUAUUUAUGUGUAAAUAUGUUUAUAACUGUAUAAAGAAAUGUAUGUAUUUUCUCUUUUUUUAUUUUAACACAAGCACUACUGUUUCUAGCUGGCCUCAUAUAGGUCAUGGUGUGUCUUACACUAACAUCCCAAUGCAUUUAGUUUUUUUUGGUCUUGAAAUGUCUAUUCUUCUUCCAUUUAAAGAAUUAAAAGAAAAUGUUUCUAAAGGC